AUGUCGACGUUCUCCUUGGGCAAACGCCCGCGCGAGAAGAGAACGAGCGCGACCAAGGUCAGGUCGGGCUGUAUCACAUGCAAACGACGCCAUGUCAAGUGUGACGAGACGCGCCCCUUUUGCCUGAGAUGCACCGAAUCGCCGCGGAGCCCGAGAGUCUGCGAAGGAUAUCUCAACCACACGUCCGGGCGGGAACGACUCCCGAACCGACCCGCCCCGCGCCCGAUCCUCUCCAAGGGCACGACGACGUGGCGGGCGUCAUGGCCCAAUGCCGCCGCCGCCGCCGUUCUGCUCCUGGAGCCGGGCUACGAGGCGGCCUUCCUCGCCGACCCGAAGGAGAGGGUCUACUUCGACUUCUGGCAGCAGCUGAUCGGCAACAUCUACCUCUUCCCCAGCGACGCCAUGCACCGCGUCAUCCCCCAGCUCGCGCGCCGGGAGCCGGCCAUCAAGCACGCGGCCCUCGCCAUGGCCGGCAUGGCGCGGGCUCUCGUCCCGUCGCUGCUGCGCCGGUCCGGGCGGGAGCUCCACGCCAGCGGGCCGCACUACGAGUUCGCGCUGCGGCAAUACGGCCGCGCCGUCGGCCUGGUGCGCAGCUCGCAGCCCUCGCGCGAGAACAUGCUCUGGGUCAUCGUGUGCUGCGUGCUCUUCGUCACGUUCGAGUGCCUCCACGGGGACCGCGCGGCCGCGCUGUCGCACGUGGGCCACGCCUACAGGAUGAUGGAGAUCUACUUUGGCCAGCAGCGAUCGCCCGCUGAUGAGGACGGCUCGGCGGCGGCGGCGGCGGCGGCGACGCAGUCGGUUCGUGCCGUGUGCGACGACGCCGCGUGGGUGUUCCAGGGCCUGACGAUGCAGGCGUGGUCGCACAAUGUGCUGCACUCGGAGCUCCUCUCGGAGGUCAGCUGGUGCUGUCGCGGCGCCGAAAAGGCCUUGGCCGUCGACGAGAUGCCGCCCAGGUUCGCCGACAUAGACGCGGCUCGGCGAUGGUGGAGGGUCGUGCAGCACUACACGUGCCACAGGUGUCCCAUCUACACCGAAGUGUUCGUCGAUGGCCUCUCGACCAAGAUGCUCGCCGGCAGCCACGUGCGGCCGGUCCUUUCGCCGACGCAGGGCGGAGAGAAGCUGGCAGCCGCUCUCCCGGUGUUCCUGGAUCGUCUCCGGAGGUGGAACACCGCCUUCCAGGCCGUGUACGACGAGCUGCGGUCACGCCAGCACCUCGGCAAGUCCGACUACUACUCAUAUGUCGACGCCUGCAACCUGCGCUUGCAAUAUCUCACCCUCUGGAACGAGGUCUCCAGCAUGAGCUAUACGGACAUCAGGAUGGUCAUCGUCCUGACGCCGUCGUUCCGGGAGAUGGUGCAGCUGAGCCGGAUCAUCCUGAAGGCGCAGUCCAACUGCGGCGGCUGCAGCGAUACGUUCAGCAUGGACAACGGUCCCACGUGGCCGCUUCUGGUCACCGCGUGCCGGUGCCGCGACGCCGGCCUGAGGCGGGAGGCGACCGAACUGCUGGGCAAGCACCACCGCCGCGACGGCCUGUGGGACAGCAGGAUCUUCUACGGCGUGGCGGUGAGGAACAUGGAGAUCGAGGCCGAGAACGCCGUGUCGGGGGACGAGGACGAGCAGUGGUCGCGCAUGGCGAGGCGGGAGCUGCGCUUCAGCCGCGAGGGGGAUGUCACCGGGAGACUCCUCAAGUGGGAUCCCUGUGCUGGCGAGUGGUUACACGUCGAAGAGCCUUUGAGGGACGCCCUUGAUGCCGGGUUGGGCUGUGAGCUGUGA